AUGGAGAAGAUGAAGCAGUUGAUACAUCAGCGCGGUCAAGUGAAAGGGCGAGUAACGAAAAUCGUUAGGAAGCUUAGUGAAGCGGCAGAUGAACCGGAAACCACGAGUUUUUCGCAGUUGAAGGCAUUAGAGAAGAAACUGGAACUGAAUUACUCCGAGUACACAACGAAGCAUGACUUGAUCAUUGACAUGUGCAACGGUGAGAAUUUGGAGGAACAGGAUGAGAAGAUGGAGGAGUUCGAUGAGCUGCAUACUGAUGCAUUGAUGAAGCUUAAUCUUCUGAUGGAUUUCUUCCGUAGUAAUCCCGCACCGACUAACGUUGGAGCUCCUCAAGUAAUCGUCACCCAGCAACCUCUAAGGACACCGAUUCCAACUUUCGAUGGAAAGUACGAAGGUUGGCCAAAAUUCAAGGCGCUAUUCAACGACCUGGUUGGAAAGUGCGGUGACUCCGAUGCAACCAAGCUACAGUACCUUGACAAAGCAUUGAUUGGGGAUGCUUCUGGAAUACUGGACGCUAGAAUCAUCAAUAACAACAACUACCUGCAAGCGUGGAAGCUGUUAGAAGAGCGUUUUGAGAAUCCUAGAGUGAUUAUUGAUACUCACAUAUCUGGUUUGCUGUCUAUGAAAGCAAUUCCCAAGCAGAGCUACAAGGAUUUGAGAUCACUAAUCGACACGUGCAGUCGUCAUGUGGAAGGCCUGAGGUUCAUGAAACAGGAGGUUGACGGAACCGCGGGACUCAUCGUAGUGAAAUUAUUAGCCAUGUGCCUGGAUGGAGAAACACGGAAGCAGUGGGAGCAAACCUUGGAGCAUGGCGAACUUCCCGAUCUGGAUGACACCCUGAAGUUUCUCCGCAAUUAUUGCCAGGUACUCGAGAGAUGCGAGGUAGACAUAGCGUCAGCAAAGAUAGCAUUUAAACCACUUGCAACCGGAAGAACAACCGCCCAACCGAGAAAUUCGCAUCCAGUGACUUCGAGUUUAUCGGAUAAUGUGUGUGAAUUAUGUGAAGGUCAGCACAGCAACUACAAAUGUUCUAAAUUCUUGAGCAUGAGUAUCGAUCAGCGUGUUACCAAAGUGAAACAAGUUGGAUUAUGUUUUAACUGCCUUCGUAAGGGUCAUCAAAGCAGAAUCUGUCCAUCGGACAAGGUAUGUUCGAAGUGCUCUAAAAGGCACCAUACAAUGCUGCAUUUUGAGCAGGUGUCCCAAGCUGAAUCGGAGCAACAGAGUGAUAGCGGAGAAUCUAGUUCAACCGAAGUGAAGACAGUAUCAACAUUGCUCCCGGAAAAUCCUGUGUCCUUAGCAUGUUCUAGUGUUCAGCGACGAGCGAAACAAGUGCUUUUGAUGACGGCAUUAGUGAAUGUAGUGGCGAAGAGUGGAAAGUCCUUGAAAUUACGUGCUCUUCUUGAUUCGGGAUCUCAAGUCAACUUGAUCUCUGAUUCCGCCGUGAAGCUACUGUCUCUUCCAAAGUAUCCAGCCAAUAUUCCUGUAGUGGGCGUGGGUGGUACUCGAUCUCAGAUUCGACAUCAUGUGAUCUUGAAGCUAUUCUCUGAUUAUUCUAAAUUCGAGAGUAAUGUGGACUGUUUGGUGACAACGAGAGUGACGGGAAAGAUUCCAUCCGUUGCAGUCAACAUCUCGGAAUGGAAGUUUCCUCCUGGAAUUGUGUUGGCCGAUCCCAGUUUUAAUGAAUCGAAGGAUGUGGAUCUACUGAUUGGUGCGGAGCUAUUUUUCCAAAUUUUGAAGCAAGCCCAGUUGAAGAUUUCCGAGGAUUUGCCUACUCUGUAUGAGACCCAAUUCGGGUGGGUUAUGGCUGGUGCUAUAGAUGAAGUCGAUGAUGAAGUCGUAAACGUAUUAUGCGCAACUGAUGAGGACCCAUUACUGAAGAGUAUUCAAAGAUUUUUUGAACAAGAGGAGCUUGCAGAGGAGAGGGUACUCACGAGUGAGGAAGAAGCGAUUGACUAG